UACUUUGACCCUUUUCUGCGUGCGAAACUUUGAAAUGGUGGUUUUCACUGCACUCGACGUUAGGGCUUUCUCGGGUUUCUAUCCGUCGUGUUCCCAGUGCUUGAGACGUGUAUUUAUCGCAAGUACGUCCAGGCCUACUCGUUCCAGGCGUCUUCGCUACGAGUGCCGGCCGUGUGGGAUCGUGUGGGAGGAGGGAGAGGUGGAGUACAGGUACUGCGUGACCCUCACUGCCCGGCAGGCAGAUGACGGUAGCUGUAAAGACGUCGUCGUAUUCGGAAAGAGCCUCAAUGUCGUUUUUGGUGCACCUGCAACUCACUUGCACAGAUUUAUUCAAAGGUACAUAAUACCAGGAGCCACUCCUCUGAUUGACCCACGAUCCAUUUUCAAUAUUAUGGCCGAGCCACUCCGCAUUGUCCUAUCGGGAAAAUGUUUCACUGCACUACUCGCCAAAUCGCGAACUCGUUCAAAAAACUGGUCGCGUGAUGUUGGGACUCGCCAGUAUAGCCCCAGAUACAUAGGCACAAUGUUCAGCCUUCUGGGACGUAUGCCCUUCCCUGUCAGUGUAUUGUCUCACCUGCAACACCAGCUGCUCACAAAGAGCCCGGCACCGUCCUUGUCUUGUCAUCCUGCUGGAGCAGAGGAAGAUGAAUCC